AGACUGCAGCAGGUUGCUACCGGUUUCUCAGGUUUUUAGCUCCAAAAAACGUAUUUCAUGCUCGAUUGAAGAUGGAAUUAGUAAAUACGGGAACCAUCUUGAGAAGGAAUGAGGCGACCACACAGUGACUACAAGACAUUGCUCUGCAGGUCUUGAAUGAGCGAGAAGACACCAGCAGAAAUGUUUGGGAGAAGUUUGAGACGUCCCGGAGGUUUCCCGCUCAUCCCGGUGUGCGUGGGGAUCGUGGUGGGGUACAUCCUCCGCGGGCUGUUCGACAGCACCUUCCUCUCCAUCAUCGAGGAAAAACGGUACAAGAAGAUGUCGAGCGAGAAGGAGACCACCCCAGCGCACUGCAAACCCUGCCCCCUGUGCGCGCUCUGCUCCGAUUGCUGGAAACACGACGUGAUUGUAGAGCCGUCUCACCCCAGGAGCAUGUACGAAGUCAUCCGGUGGUACUACUUCACUGAGAAGCACCUGUACGAAAACCUGGAUGAUGAUCCGAGAAUUGGGCUUAUCGGAAGGUGGAAGGAAGAUGUACAAGACAUACAGGAACAGGCUGUCAGAAUUAUCAGUAAGGAAGAGAAGACUCAGUGGAAACUUGUGAAACUUCACUCCGGGUACAAGAGGAUAGAUGCGUUUCGAGGGAUGGACUAUGUCCUGGACAUGGAAGUUGUGAAGUCAGAAGGGGAAGAGAAGGGGCGUAAACUGGUCCACCUAGUGAGAUCCACCCGUCCCCACGUACGGCUGCUCAAUCUUCAAAACGUCGUGGAACAAACUGUAGUUCAUUUCAUUGUGCCGUUGUCGAGGGUUACGGACCGACUGCGGGAGUUUAUCCAGGUGUACGAGAAGGUUUGUCUGGAGACUGGCGCUGCCGUCAGCCUGCUGGGCGUGCUGUUCCGGGACAGUCCGCAGGACCAGACCAGUCUGGAACAGUGCAAGCAGCUGUUUGAUCAGUACGCAGCCAAGUAUCCUGCGGCGACGAUACGGUACGUGGAGGCGGAGGGCGAGUUUUCCCGCGCUGUUGGGCUGGACCUGGCAGCGAGGCAGCUGCCGCCUGACGCUCUGCUGUUCUUCUGUGACAUAGAUGUGGACUUCGAUCAGGGAUUUCUGCAGAGAUGUCGUAACAAUGCUGAGCUGGGUCGGCAGGUUUUCUACCCGGCUGUGUUCUCCCAGUACGACCCUGAACUUGUCAUGGAAGGAAUCCCUGGCAAACCCAAACCCACCAACCUCAGGGAUAUCAACAAGUACAAUGGUUUCUGGAUGUACUAUGGCUACGGGAUGGCCUGUAUGUACAACCAGGACUACCGCUCAGUCGGAGGGUUCAACCUGGACAUUCGGGGGUGGGGGGGUGAGGACGUCGAACUCUACGAGCGCCAUGUCAAGAGUGACCUUCAGGUGUUCCGUGCCAUGGACCCAGCCCUUGUGCAUCGUUACCACUCCAAGACCUGUGAUCCCGCCCUGACCCGCGACCAGUACCGGAUGUGCGUCGGCGCGCUGUCGGAAAACAUGGCGUCUAAAGCACAACUCGGGGUGAAACUGUUGACUAUGCAGGGCAAACUUCCACCAGCUGCAUAAUGUAGAAAAGUUCCUCUGCACAUUGCUCUAGCCAGCCUGAAAUUUUUUUCUGUCAUCUCAAGUUUGACGUAACAUCAUGUUGAGUGCCAAAUGUGACAACCCUAGGGGGGUCCGCUGACUAGAACAUUGAUACCACUGGCCAUUGUUACCAUUUUUUGGUGGCCCCUUAGAUUAGCUUUUCUCACUGACCCAAUCCUGUCCAUAGUAGCUGUAGAAGUCAAUAAUUUGAUCAAUAAUAAUGAUCAAUAUCUAAGAUUAAAAACUAGAAAUCUUGAAGUUAAAUUUUAGGUAUUGCAACCCUCAUCAGCUCUUGCCACUAAACGCUUUUGCCAUUCUUGCCAUAGCCCAAUCACAUUACCCAGUUCUCCUUGUUAAAAAUGAUAUUAUAAAGUGUGAAAUAUUCGUUUUUCAUUGGAUAUCUAAACUUAUAAAUGCAUAUACAAUAACAGGUUCAAAUGCAGGGUUUCGAAUGUGGACCAGUCCUUACAAUUUGGAAGACAAAAUUUCCAAACCUGUGAUAAGAAAAAAAUGACCAAAGUACCAAGGAUUAUAUAACGUCCCUUCUUUGACCCAAAAGGAACUUAAUAUAUCCAUUAUGUGCCAAUACACCUGUCAACUUUUGACCCCUCUUUAGAGGAAUUAACACCAAGUGCUUCCUUGCUUUAUAAUCUAUGCAGAUCUUAAGUCUUAUGCUGGACUUCCUUAAUGCGGGUAUCUAUUGUGAUGAAAUGUUGUAUAUGUAAAUAUUCAUACAUGUAUAUGCUGAUUUGGUAAUGCAAUACAUUAUGGAAUGCAUGUAUGCAUGUAUGCAACUGACCUGGAAACUUAGCACUAAGAUAUCAAAAGAUUCCCCUAGAAUUACAUAAUAUUACAGUUGAAAUCUUCUCAUGAUUUUGCAUUGCCUGAAGUUGUACAUAUAAUAUUGUAUAAAACAAGGUUAGAAGGUAUAAAACUUAAUGCCAAGGAUUUUAGGACUUAGAUUGUGCAACAGUUACCAAAGCCAAUACUGCAAUGCAAGUGGACAAGACAAAUUGUUGUGGGUUCUCUUAGAUUAUUAUGGAGUCAGUACUCCUAUACAAGUGUGAGAAUAAUUAUGCAGAAAUAAUUAUGAAAUAGUCAUUGUGUCAAGAUAAUUAUGUAUAAAGAUAAAUUUUGUACAUAUAAGUCUCAGAUCAUGACAAUCUAACACAACAAGGCAAAUAUAAGAGACAAACUAUGGUACAUCCUUCCAUCUGAAAAGAUGUUGGUAGCCUCUUUGUAAGAUACCGGUAUACACAAAUUUAGUUGGGAAAAGUUUGUAUAUAAGGUUACAAUGGGUAAAAGUGCAUUUCACUGUUAGGUAGACUUUUGUCAGAUGUAUUAUAAAGUGCUAGUAAUACGUUAGCUAGGAUUGUUUACCUCCGUAGCAGUCUGACACGUUGGCUUUUUUUUUUGCAAAACGUGCCAUUUUCUGAUUGCUUUAAUAUCAAUCCUGAUUAUACCCUGUUUCUUGCAGUUGUUAUGGGAGCAAAGAAAAUAAAGUCCAACUGUGAAAAGUCCAAAUGUAUAGAAGUAUGUAGAGAAUGUAUAGAAAACUUUGCUUAGGUGCCAACAGUUGAUUGUGUUCCUGGAGAUAGAAAAUAUAAAUGUUUGGAACUAGGAGUCCCGUUAUUCAUUUGUUUGACUGUAUAGCCAUGUAUUAAUUCCACCUUUUAAGUUUUAUACAGGUUUCCUUUUGCACUUUAGCAAGAAAAAUCAGAUG